AUGAAAAUCAAAGCGUUGAGCAGAUCUGUAUCUGCUUACCAGCCGCCCGGGUCGACGGCUCCCAAGCAACCUCGAAAUGUAGACCCCGCCAUCCAUCCUUUUGAGAGAGCCAGAGAAUACACCCGAGCUCUCAAUGCCGUCAAGCUUGAGCGCAUGUUUGCUGCGCCCUUCAUUGCGCAGCUCGGCAAUGGCCAUAGCGAUGGUGUCUACAACAUCGUCUCGGACCCGAACUCUCUCCAACGAUUUGCAAGCAGCGCCGGCGAUGGAAGUCUGAAGGUGUGGGAUCUCACUUCGAGGGAGCAGGUCUGGCAGGUGAAUCACGCACACGAGAACAUCCCCAGGAUCUGCUGGACGAGGGACCAAAAGCUCUUGUCUUGCGGUACGGAUCGCAAGAUUCAUCUGUUCUCGCCAUAUCAGACAGAGAAUAACUCAGCACCUCUAUCAACCUGGCUGGGCACCAACGCCUUCACCAGCAUCAGCCAUCACCGAUCCAAGAACUCGUUCGCCGCUUCCUCGAAUGUCGUAUCCAUCUACGAUCUAGAGCGCCACACUGCCGCCCCUGAAGUGCUUCAAUGGCCCUCGUCGACGGACACGAUCACCAAUGUCGCCUUCAACCAGGUUGAACAGAGCAUCCUGGCCUCUACCGCCGUCGACCGGUCCAUCGUCCUCUUCGAUCUGCGGACAUCGAUGCCUCUGCACAGGACGGUGCUGAACUUUGCCUCGAACCAGAUUGCCUGGAACCCCAUGGAGGCCAUGAACUUUGCCGUGGCUAACGAAGAUCAUAACAUCUACUUAUUCGACAUGCGCAAGAUGGAUCGUGCGUUAAAUGUGCUGAAGGGUCACGUUGCCGCAGCAAUGUCUGUGCAGUUUUCUCCGACUGGAGAGGAGCUUGUCAGCGGUAGCUACGAUCGGACAAUCCGACUAUGGAAGCGUGACCAGGGUCACUCCCGAGAUAUGUACCACACAAAACGACAGCAGAGAGUGUUCUCUGUAACAUUCACACCUGACAGUAAAUAUGUCCUGUCUGGAUCAGACGACGGCAACAUCAGGCUCUGGAGAGCCAACGCUAGCAAGCGAGAAGGCGUGGUGUCCACUAGACAGCGGCAAGCCCGCGAGUACAACGAGGCCCUCGUGGAUAGAUAUGGCCACAUGCCGGAAGUGCGCCGCAUCAAGCGCCACAGGCAUCUGCCCAAGGUUGUGAAGAAGGCUGGAGAGAUCAAGUCGGAGGAGCUGAAGGCGAUCAAGCGACGCGAGGAGAACAUUCGCAAGCACUCCAAGAAGCAAUUCGAGAAGCGGGAGAGCGAGAGAGAGAAGAUGGUUCUGGCCAAGCAAAAGUAG